GCAGACAGACUCACGUCUCCAUCAGGCUUCCCACCCUCCCCCACGCAAUGGAUGAGGCCUCCCUCGGCUUUCAGAUAAAAGGUCCUGAGAAAACUCUAGAAGAGAGACGUUCUAGUCUGGAUGCUGAGAUCGACUCUCUGACCAGCAUCCUGGUCGACCUAGAGAACAGCUCACCAUACAAACCGCGCACGCCGCAGAAUUCUGCUAGCCCAGCUGCGACAGGCUCCAACGCUCCUGUUACAGGUUAUCGGCGCAUGGUCAUCCCACCUCAACCCCCUCUAACCGCCACUAAGAAGUCCACCCCAAAACCACAGACCCCUCCAACCGUCCCUUCUCCGGCUUCGUCAUCUCCACGGCCCCAAUACCAGCCUGCUCCCCAGCCUGUCCCAGCAUCCUACACCACCGCCUCUACUCCUAGCCAGCCCACCUUCAAUGUUCAGGUCAGGGCCGCCCAGCCUGGGCCCCAGCAGCAGCCGGUCCGCGGGCCAGCCCAGGUACAGUACAUGCCGGCUCAACCCAGAGGCCCUGAUUUUGCAUACGGGCCUCCGCAGCCAGGAUUCUGCCCUGCUCCGUCUGGAGGCUACCAGGACCAACACUAUGGUGGAGCUCCUGCUUAUGGAGGUCAUAACACAUGGAGAGCUGAGCCUAGUCACCAUGCUGCUCCUCCACCCAGCCACGGGUACCAGCCCGCUCCCCCGAAAAAAACCUACAUCACUGAUCCUCCUGCCAGCCUGACACCCUUCGGCGGUGGGACUUCUGCUCCUCAUAAGGGUCGUCCCGCGGAGGAGACUGGACCGCCUGACUAAAGUGAAGAAUGCUGUUCGACAUGG